AUGUCUACGAGUAUUCUAAGGAAUUACUCUGCGAAGCUAUUUUCAAAAUACUGUUUACGGACAACAAGGAAUGCUCUACUUGUAGUAGGGAGUGCAACAUUACUGAGCUACCCUUUAUGGGGAAAUCAUCACGUCUCUUCAGAGACUGUUACUGGUAUCAAGCAAUACACAACCGAAUCAAGUGAUAGUGAAAAUGUCAGCACAAUAUCAUUACUGUCUGACAAAGAAGUUACACAGCGACUACGUCAACAAGAACAGAGCUACUACGUGCAGAGGGGAAGAAGAGUUAUUCGCUAUGAUGUUGCUCAAUUGCCCUCAAAUGCGCCGAUCGAAGAUAAUCACGUUGAGCAGGUGAUAACAGUUCCUGGCCCAGAUGGUCAAGAUGAUGAUUUGUAUUUCUUUGGUGUAUUUGACGGCCACGGAGGACCCUACACGUCAUCUAAGCUGGCAAAAAGUCUAGUCCCUUACGUUGCGCAUCAGUUGAGCCAGGUUUAUACCGAGACGAAUGAAACGCUAACAUCAGACGCCGUGGAUUCUGCCUUUAAAAAUGCAUUCAAAAAUCUCGAUAGGGAUAUAACAGAGGUCUCACUAGGCAACCUAUUUUCGUCGCCCUCGAAAGAAAACCUCGCCCAAGCCCUUCCCGCGAUUUCAGGAGCUUGUGCAUUGCUUACAAUGUAUGAUUCCAUGAAUUCCACCUUGAAAUGCGCCGUCACAGGAGACUCGAGGGCAUUACUGGCAUCUGUAGAUGAAAACGGACAGUGGACUGUGCAGUCGCUUUCCAUAGACCAAACAGGUGAUAAUCCGGAAGAAGUAGAUCGUAUCAGAUCCGAGCACCCGGGUGAGCCAAAUGUAAUUCGCAAUGGGCGUAUUCUCGGAUCUUUGCAACCUUCAAGAGCCUUCGGCGAUUAUCGUUACAAAAUAAAGGAGAUCGGAGGGAAGACAGUCGCGGACCUACCUGGGCAUAUGAAGGUAUAUUUCCGCCGAGAGCCUCGCGAUUUCUUGACCCCUCCUUAUGUGACAGCUGAACCGGUAGUAACGUCGGCUAAAGUGGGGCAGAAUUCAAAAUUCAUGGUGUUAGCCUCCGAUGGUUUAUUCGAAUUGUUAUCAAAUGAGGACGUUGCGGCUUUAGUUAUCAAAUGGAUGGAAAAGAACAAGGUGACACCUUUUGCAAAGACCCUUGCCGCCUCAGGGCCUCAAGCCAAGCUGCCAUCUGUCACUGACAUCUCCGAAUAUAAAGAAGCACAGAGACCAGCAUUUCGUUAUAGAUCUAAGCAGAAAAACGCCGCAGAAUAUCUUAUGGAGGACUCCAAUGUGUCUACGCAUUUGAUCAGAAAUGCCCUUAGCGCACGAGGUAAUAAGGAAUACGUAUCUACUCUGGUAAGCAUUCCAUCGCCAAUGAGCAGAAAAUACAGAGACGAUUUAACGGUUACAGUUGUCUUUUUCGGAGGUGAAGAGGAUCUCAGUCAUGUCGAUGGACAAUUGCUACUGAAUCAUGAUGCUACGGCUGGACUGGAGCCUAAGCUUUGA